CAAACUUCCUGUUCGAGAACGAAAUAUACUAACAGGUGCGUGUUGAUGACUUUUACGUGAAAACAUGGAGCGAUUGUUUUUCAAUGUGUUUGGCUUGAUUGUGUUUUCGAUAUGUUGGCCACAGACUGAGGAAGGUCAAACUUCGGGACAUCUAGCGAUCAGCACACUGAUGGAUGGUCCAUACACAAGCAACAAACACGUUGCCAUAGCAGCCUUUCAAACUUUCAAUGGAAGUACAAAUGUCUCAAUAACUAACCACAUAGGCUUCUCCUCGUCCUACAGCCAUUCAAUCAUGAGUCUUGUCGCCGACGUCAACAGGAAGAAGCUUUAUGUUUUUGACCGAUACACGGCUGCCAUUUACGUGUUGAGUAACUUUACGGUUGAUCAGAUUAUUGGUAGUACCUCUUGGAGCCUACUUCAUGCCGGUGUUUCAAGGGGAUCUGUGAAGUUGGCUGUUGACUGGAUUUCCAACAACUUAUACUGGAGUGAUCCUAUGUAUCGCUGGAUUGCUGUACAAUCGCUGGACAAUUACGGAAUGUUCAAAAUAUUAUUUCAUUCGGAUCUUGAACUUCCUUUAGGAAUCGCAGUAGAUCCAAUUCACAAUAUUUUGUUUUGGGCAGAUGCAGGAUCAACUCCUAAAAUUGAGCGAUCAACACUCAGCGGAGCUAACCGUAAAGUAAUUGUAGCGAAAGGAAUCCAGUAUCCAACGGCAAUCGUCGUCGACGUCAUUAACUCGAAAAUAUUUUGGACGGACGCCAACAGAGACACAGUUGAAAUGGCAAACUUCACCGGGUUGGGUAGAAAAAUAGUCAGGAGAUUAUCUCAUUCAACUUUCAACGAUAUUGCACUAUUUCAGGACACCAUUUUUGUCACGGCAUUUUUCUCGAAGAAUAAGAACCAGAUCAUAAUUAUGAACAAAACCACGGGUGAACUGGACAACAAUCUUCCCAAUUUUCACCUGACUCAUCCUGACGUUAGCCUGGAGGUUAUAGCGGUGUCAGUGGUGUCGCAUGAAACACAACCUUUUAGCACAGACCAUUGCGCGGGCAAUCUGUGCAGCGAUAUAUGUGUGAGCGGACCAGGCGGGUACGACUGUCUGUGUAGAGAGGGCUUCCUGUUUCAAGACGGCGAGUGCGUUGAGGACGUAGGCCCCUUUCACCGCGGUCUGGUAUGGUCAACGCCGACGGCCAUAUGUGUGGCGGAUAUAAGAGGUAUCAUCGACCACGUUCGGUACAUUGGGUUCAACAAGACGUGUAAAUACGGUGUUGGAACAGCCAUUUCUUAUGUCGUUGUUGAUUCGCAUGGCCGUAAAAUCAUUUACGCAGACAUUAACAGUGUAAAGGCAAUGAACGUUGACGACAUGAGUAUUAUAGUAACACUUAUUACUGCCACAGAGUCAAUAACAGGUCUUGCUGUCGAUUGGAGGGACGGGAACGUGUAUUGGUGCCAAGGAAAAUCACGUGGCGCUGGGCAAAUCUGGGUCUUCUCUCAAACAGAUAGUACUUCGUACAAACUGGUCGAUAAUCUUGACAACGUGACAUCAAUAAGCAUUGUUCCUCUGCAAAGCGCCAUGUUGUGGAUAGCUGGUGAAAACCACAAAAGGCAAAUCUUCAGGUCUCAGCUUGACGGCACGGAGAUAACAGUUUUAGUCAACAAUGACAAUCUAACGUCACCGGUUGAUCUGACCGUCGAUCUUGAUAAAAACCUGGUGUAUUUAAUCGACGACGGAUUUGUAGAGACCGUCCGGCUCGACGGGAUCGACCAUAAGGUCCUGUCAAUACGCAAUACCUCUUCCCCGUUCAGAAUACAUGCUUAUAAGCAUUACCUGUUAUUGACUGACAAAAACUCCCAAACAAAUGAGCGGGAAGUUGACGUUAUAGACUUGCUGGAUGUAUCGUUCGAAGGGACACUUUCGACGCUAACAAAUGUAACUGACAUUGCUGUACUGGACAUCACUACACAAGCAAAAAUCUACGAACCAUGCGAUGUUGCAAACGGUGAUUGUGAACACCUUUGUAUUCCGAUCGGGAGGAAUCGCGUUUGUCAGUGUGAAUACGGCUUCACCAUUGAGGCAAACAAGGAAACAUGUACCUCACUGCCUCUACUGGACGACUUCAUACUCGUAGUUGAUUGGACACACAGCAAUAUAUACCAAGUUUCCCUGGUUAAUGGUGAGGCCCGAGGUUUAGACUCUGAUAUGAUACAGAAACCGGCUGGAAUAGAGUACAACCAUCUGACCGGGAAGGUGAUCUGGGGAGAUACAGGCGACUAUCUCUUACAACAAGCCAACCUAGACGGUACCGGUUAUGAGGUUUUGGUUGAUGUAGGAAUGUAUCACGCCCAUCCCGACCGAAUGGCGAUUGACUACAGUACAGGGAAUAUCUUUUACACAGCUGUAAGGAAAAACGUCCUUGGAUUUACUGGGGUAGCCGUUGUAACAUCCAAUGGAAUACACAAGAAAAUUGUCGAGUAUGGGCAAAACCCACGGGCUAUAGCGCUGGAACUGGAACAAGGUAUACUGUUUUGGACUGACCACGGGACGACACCCGGUGUCCUGAUGCGAGCGAACAUGGACGGGUCAGAUAUUUUCACUCUAUACGACAAGAUGGUGUGGCCAAACGGCAUUGCAAUCAACAUCAAGACCGUGUUUGUAACGGACGGAAGUUCUAACCGGAUAUACGCCUGCACGUUCAGCGGCUCGUGCUCCGUCUUUCACGAGGAUCCCGGGAUGCAUCUCAUGGACAUUAAGCUGUUGGGCGACUAUAUGUAUUACUCCGCGUGGAAUAAAGUGUACAUUACACGAAUAGAUAUCCUCACUAAGGAGAUUGUUAAGUUUGCUGAUAACGCCGAACUUGGCAGACUGGAUGCCAUCGCCGUGUACAUUUCAUCUUUGGCUGUACCAGUGACCAGUUCGUGUAGCCCGAACAACGGCAGGGCUAACUGCAGCACACUUUGUCUCCCAAACGUCAGUGGAUAUACGUGCGCAUGCGCAGAUGGCGUGUCCUUAUUACGUGAUGGGAAGACGUGCUCGGAUGUUGCCACCUCAACUACAACAACAACGUUAACUCCAACAACAACGACAACUAUGACACAAACAACAACAAAAGCUACAACAACAGCUUCUACCUUCACAUCAAAAACAACAACUAAUUCUCUGCCACGGUCCGUCUCCACAUCAAAAACACCAACUAGUUCAUUGCCACGGUCCGACUCCACAUCAAGAACAACAACUAGUUCACUACCAUUGUCCAGUACGAGCUUACAGGGAUCGCCUAAUGCCGCUGUGAAGGAUCCCUCCAUGAUUCUGUAUAUUGGCGUUGGUGCUGGAGGUGCCCUUGUACUCAUCGUUGCCGUCGUCGUCGUGUGUGCUAUCAUUUUUGUGCGUAAAAUGAGACGAGCUGAUGGCGGUCCCCGGUACCUGCAAGACAAUGAAGGAGUCGAUCGCAGCGCCGUCUAUCAUGAUGAUAGUGUCGACAUUCUCGGGCUUGAGAUACACGAGUACGAAUCCCCAAUAUCUGUAGCGCAAAUUCAGGCAAGGGAAAACCAGGAAUACAGUUCGAUACAAAAUGACGACUACCUCCACUUCACCAAACGAGACACCAUGUACGAUGCAAUUUCUGCCGAUAAUGCUCCACCCCCUCCUGUUGAGGCUAACAGGCUCAAGCUGCCCGAAACCCACUGCCGCACCUUGCAGAGCACUGCGGAUGUAGGCGCCCUGCCUUGCAUUUCCGACCGGCCGGUGGCGGGGAGCGUGCAUACCAUCUAUGUGUCACCGUCGGAUGUCGGUGACAGGUAUGUCGGCUCGGUAAGAAGCUAGGUACCUGGCCGGGGACAAUACAUAUCGGACCGGGGACCACAACAAGCUACAGAACUACUACAAAUACGACUUCCUAAGCCGUGAUAGUCAAACAGACUAUUUCCAUGGAUUCACUUCCAAUUCUAACGUGGCCGACUCUUUAGAUUUUAGGAGACAUUGAAUAUAGUAAACAAUCUAUGCAUAGCAUAGCACUCGUUGACAUUGUAUACUUUUAAAAAGAUGCUAUAGAUUAAACAUGGCUUUUUUAAAAUAUAGAUCAUACAAGCAAAAUGCCCUAUAGAUAAUGUACAAUAAUAAGUUAAAUAAAUUUAAAAGCAAUGCAGAAAUAUAUUUCCCGAAAUAAUUUAAGACUAACAAUUUAUCCGACUUUUUAAAUUCUUCUUAUUUUUUUUUAAUUCUGAUAUGAAAUCCACUAAGUAUCUAAACAUUUAUAGUAAAAUGUUUAUAAAAUGUGCUUGCUUUUAAAUCAUGACGUUACACUGCUUUUAAAAUAACGUCAUGCUGCUGUAUUAUAUAUGUAUUUCAUGACGUCGUCAGUAAUAAACUUUGUCAGAUACUAAACAUCUUUAUUGUUUUUAAGAGAAACAUGACUGAAUAUAAAAAAAAUCUUCUAAUGUUUUCCGAUAGCUUUCUAAAACAUUUGCAGACUAUAUGUCAUGAAUUUGCUUUUAGAUUUAUUUAGAAAGGAAACCAUAAACAAUUAAUGAUGAUAUGAUAUGAUAUCUAAUCCUAAUACUAAACAUUAACGUUUAUUGCAUUUGUUCUUAUAUGCUCUUAGUUGUAAGGUGUUUACCAUAUAUGUCUUAUUUUCCAUAUAAUUAUUCUGUUUGUUCUGAUAUAUGUGUAUUAGAGGAUAUUAAAUCUAUA